CUAUUCACAAUUUGGCAUUUUGGCCCGUCCCUUUCUCCCCUUUUCUCUCCUCUGCUCAAGCAAAGAGUGAAGCAGGGCAGAGUGGAAGAACAACUCAAAAAGGAAAGGGGAGGGAAAAAUUUAUCUAUUCUGUCAUAAUAAUUGUUGUUUUCUAUCUGCCUUAGUCUCCUUUUUCUCUGAAUGGCUGUGAGAGACUGUAAAUGAGGGUCUCCAUCUUCUGUUACUCAUCCUUUUAAUGGCAGCAGCAGGGGCAGAGCCACCUCCAGAGGUCUUUUCAUGGCUCAAAACCCUACCUCUUGCACCAGAGUACCACCCAACCUUGGCGGAAUUCCAAGACCCCAUCGCUUACAUUCUUAAGAUCGAGAAGGAAGCCUCCCAGUAUGGCAUCUGCAAGAUCGUUCCUCCGCUCCCACCACCGCCCAAAAAAACUUCUAUUGCUAACCUUAACCGUUCACUUGCCGCCCGAAACCCUAACUCUAACCCUAAAUCCCAACCCACAUUCACCACUCGGCAGCAACAGAUCGGCUUCUGCCCUCGGAAGCCUAGGCCGGUUCAGAAACCGGUAUGGCAGAGUGGGGAAACUUAUACUCUCCAGCAAUUUGAAGCCAAAGCGAAAAAUUUUGAGAAGACCCAUUUGAAAAAGUCUGGGAAAAAGGGGUUAUCGGCGCUGGAAAUUGAAACCCUCUUUUGGAAGGCUACUGUCGAUAAACCCUUCUCGGUGGAGUAUGCAAAUGACAUGCCUGGAUCAGCCUUUGUGCCGAUUAAUGGGAAGAAGUGGCGCAAAGCAGGGGAAACAGCUACUGUUGGAGAGUCUGCGUGGAAUAUGAGAGGAGUUUCCAGGGCGAAAGGUUCCUUGUUGAGGUUUAUGAAGGAUGAAAUACCGGGUGUCACUUCACCAAUGGUGUACAUAGCGAUGCUGUUUAGUUGGUUUGCUUGGCAUGUGGAGGACCACGAUUUGCAUAGUUUGAACUAUUUACAUAUGGGAGCGGGGAAGACAUGGUAUGGCGUUCCCAGGGAAGCUGCGGUUGCAUUCGAGGAGGUCAUCAGAGUGCAUGGCUAUGGGGGAGAAGUUAAUCCUCUUGUGACUUUUGCAAUUCUUGGUGAGAAGACCACAGUGAUGUCACCUGAAGUGCUUAUUAAUGCAGGAAUUCCAUGCUGCAGAUUGGUGCAAAAUGCAGGGGAGUUUGUUGUGACUUUCCCUAGAGCCUAUCAUUCAGGGUUCAGCCAUGGGUUCAAUUGUGGAGAGGCAGCAAAUAUUGCAACUCCUGCGUGGUUGUGGGUUGCAAAAGAAGCUGCGGUCCGUAGGGCUUCAAUCAAUUAUCCUGCCAUGGUGUCUCAUUUUCAGUUGCUUUAUGCUCUGGCUUUAACAUUAUGUUCAAGGGUGCCUAUGGGUGUCGCUACUGAACCACGCAGCUCUAGACUAAAAGAUAAGAAGAGGGGUGAAGGAGAAAUGAUGGUCAAAGAGCUUUUUGUUCAGAAUGUGAUAGAAAAUAAUGACCUUCUAAAUGUUCUUCUUGGAAAGGGAUCUUCGUGUGUACUUAUUCCACAUAAUUCUUCAAACAUCUCUGUGUGUUCGAACUUACGUGUUGGAUCCCAAAUGAGGCCCAGGUUGUCACUUGGUUUAAGCAGUCCCGAGGAAGCAUUGGAAGCAUCUAAAACGUUACCUUCCAGUGAUGUUAGGCUAGACAGGAGGGCACGGCCGAGGCAUUUAAGUGGUUUCUAUUCGGUGAAAGAAAAACCUACCUCUUUAUGUGAUCAGAAUGGAUUUUCCUCGUCAUGUGGAAGCAUCGAUAUGCACACUUCCACUUCAGAAAUGCCGAAUGCUGAUACUGAAAAAAGUAAUUCUCAAGGUGAUGGGUUGUUAGAUCAGGGACUGUUUUCUUGUGUCACAUGUGGGAUAUUGAGCUUUUCAUGCGUAGCUGUUAUUCAACCCAAAGAAGCAGCUGCCCGAUACCUUAUGGCAGCCGAUUGCAGCUUCCUUAAUGAUUGGAUUGUUGGCUCAGGAGGAUUAAGUGAGAGAUGUACUGUUCCUAACUCGAAUGCAAAUGCAUCUGAGUUGAAUUCCUGUUCAGGUAGCUGCAUGCAUUCACUUUUGAUAUUAACAUGUGUUACUGGUGAUGAAAUUUUCUUAUUUUCCUGUUCAAGUGAUGGAACUUUUAAAUUAACAAUAUUUUGGGGCGUGAUUAUGCCUACGGUACACUAGAUAUCAGCCUGGAAUAUUUAAAUUUGGGCCAUUAAUUGGAUAGGCUAUUAUUUGCUCCAUUUAAUAAAUCCAAAUUCUUUUGCUUGCAAGAACUUUUGAAUGGCUGGCAGAAGACUUGGAGUUUUGGAAUCUGUUCAUAUUUCAAAACUUUCCCUUUUCUUUUCUCUUGAUUAUUUGGUCUGUAGGGCCAUGUCUGACUUUAUUCGUAUUUCACCGUCCCCUGUUUGGUAGUGUUGAUGCUUGCUGUGUAUUAUGGUGGUGUUUGUAAUAUGUAGCCGAUUGAUUGGUUUUAUG